CUGUUCAUGUCAGACGAUCUUCGAACACACGCCCAGCCUCAGCAUCAGCGCAUCUUUUUUUUUUUUGGUUUUGUUUUUUCACGCGCCUCUCCCCUCCACCCUCGGCCCCGCGUGACGCGCACAAACACAGCCGGACCUCCCGAUCCUCGCGCUCUCCGCUCGCGCCUGCCUCGUUAUGCCUUUGAUCCCCGCCGGCCUGCCGCCAUGUCCGCUGCCGAUCGCUCCCUGCCGCCGCUGCUGAUCCUCUUGCUGCCGUCUUCGCUGCUGAUCUGCCUGGAUGGACCGCUGAGAGCGGCGGCGGAGGGCGGAGGCCUGUCCUCGCCCUCAUCUCCGCUCGGGGACAAUGGCGUCCCAGCCGCCGUGGGAGACACCUCAGCUACAGAAGCCCAGUUUUCCCUGAAGGUUCUGGUGAGAGACCUGGUGACCCGCCGGCCCCUGGCCGGGGCCUCCGUGGACGUCUACCUGAACCACACCUCGAAGAGUUCAGCCCGGACGGGGGAGGACGGGGAGGUCCUGCUCCGGGUGCCCUACAAUCCGGGUGUUUGUUUGACUCUGCUGGGCAGUAAGGAGGGGUAUGUACCCACCCCCCUGCCCUGGAGCACCACCAAGAGACCAAUUUUCUCCGCUGUGACGCUGCUGCUGCUCCCUCACAGUCAGGGAAACAUCUGGCUGUUUGAAGACUCAGUACUCAUCACCAGGAACUUACCUGACAGCUCAUCGCAACCUAAGGCCAAGUUCCCCAAGAACCUCCUCACCGUCUCUGACAAAAGCAACAUCUCUUCACUGAUGGCGUACCUGACUGUGCCACAGCACAGCACAAAGGACUGCACCCCAGGGAUCAUCAGCAGUAAAUCCGUGCUCAGAAGCGUCGAGCUGAAGGCAGUAGCGGCCGUCAGCAUUCAGUUGCACUCCGGCAACGAGGAGCUUGAGGUCCGAGGACCCAUCCAAAUCAGCCUGCCGCUGGAACACAACACUCACUUGAGAUCCUCAAACACAGUACCCGCCUGGGCCUUCAACCUGAAAACAGGUGCCUGGGAGAAUCAUGGUCUGGGAAUAGUUAAAGCAGUUGGUGACGAACUGGUUUGGACAUACACCGCAUCCCAUCUGGGCUACUGGAUCGCUGCCCCCCACCCUUCGGCAAAAGAUUAUUUGGGAUACAUAAGUUCUAUGGAUUUCAUCUCUUACCACACCUAUCUUUUGGUGGGAAUAAUGGGAGGAACUCUUGCCAUAGUGAUUGGAUUCCUGUCCUUGCUUCUCUGUCAUUGCGGCAGUUCCCGUCGAGAAGCCACGAGGAGGAGAAGGGCCCGCUUUUCCAAACUCACUGUAGUAAAAAAAGACCAGACGACCUCCACCCACACGGAGGAGGGUUUGCUUCUCCGAUCUGGCGACAACAGCCUUACCUCUUGCAGCGUUCGGUGCGAACCUUCAUCUACACCCAGACACAAAGCCAACUACAACAUCUACGUGGAGGAUCCAGGGAGUCUGACCGCAGCUCCUCCUUACGACAAUAUCGCUUCAGAUCGGAUGAAGGGGACUCGGCCUCCGCCGCACUACAUCAACAACCAGGACGUGGCUCGGAUAUGUGAGAAAGCAGAGCAAAAUCGGGCCAAUGUGAACUCUGACGACUUCUUUCGAGACAAACCGGUUCACAUCUACAACCAGCCGGUGGCGAUUAUUCAAGCUCCAGAGUUGUUUGGCACUCAGGAGCAGCAGCUACCAGGCUGCAAGGCUGCCACUUUCCCCAGGAACGGAGCCGAGUACGACCCUCAUUCUGAGCCUGCGAGCAAAGACGAUUACACCCAGACACUACCCAAAGUCCACUCUCAAGGUGGGAGCAGUCCACGGCGGGGAAAUCCGGAUGAGCCUCAUUCUCUGGAGACACCCCCACCAGGACAAGGUCCUACUGCCGGUGUCUGGGGGCGCUACAGUAACCUCCUGGAGUCCUCCGUAUCUGUGCCAGGGACUCUCAACGAAGCGGCCGGUAUGGAGGCCUUCAGCAGCGGCCACAGCGGCGAGCUCCAGGGGAUUUCUGAGCGCACCUUACUGGAACUGACUCGUGGCAAGUUGUCAUCGGCUCACCCCAGGGCUUGGUUCGUGUCUCUGGAUGGAAAACCAGUCGCCCAGGUUCGCCAUUCCAUCAUCGAGCUCCAGAGUCGCCACCGGCCACCGAGCAGCAACGACACCAGCCUGGACUCCGGCGUGGACAUGAACGAGCCCCUGCAGAACACCCGCGACAGGCCGUCGACGAGGGGCUCCUCGCUGCCGCAUCACGGCAGAGGCGGCCGUUACGGCGAGGAGCAAGACCUGAGCAGCAGCGAGAGCGGCACCACGGCCACUUGUACGCCAGAGGACCCUUCCCUAAGGAACAUUCUCGACGGGAGCAGCGGAGCUAUUCCCAAUAUUCCCGAAGAGCGGGAUGGGAUGGAUACAUCCAGCGCUCAAGAGGACAGCGAGUCGAAAGGUACGCCGCCACCUCGACGACUUCGGAAGGCGAGAGAAAGAGGGAAGGCAGAGAAGAGAAGCACCAAGCACGUCCGGGAGGGAAGACCUUUGACCAAAAGAAGUUAGAGAUCGUGAUUGGAAACACGUCCUCAAAUUUGUGUUUACUUGGGCAUCGUUGUCGUCGAGUCCCGCGAUUGUACAACUUUGCCAAAGAAAGCAUAAGCUGACUGAAGAAGCGCGGCACAUCUACGAUGUUUCACAUGGAAUCCUGACGCAGGUGUCGUUUAACCCUCUUGUUAUGUUGCGGGUCAAAUUGACGCAUUUUAAAGGUUAAAAAUCUAAAGAAAACUGGUAAAAGUCGUUGUUUUUUUUACCUGUUUGGAACUUCUUCUGCUUGACUUAAUAAGCAUAAAGAGCAUACAAAAUGAAGAUGAGUUAUUUUAUGUAGUUUUAACCCCCCACACAGACUGACACAGAGCAGUCAAAUGUAGGUUCCCAAAGGGUCCAAAGUGAUGCUAUUUGUUUGUAUGCUACUCUGAAACAAAUUUCAUCUGAUACACAGACACAAAUAUUGCACACCCUUUCCUUUUUCUCUUCACCUCACUAGCAAACUGUGAGAAAGCAGGAGCUGAGAAGCCUUUUCUGUUGUCAUGAGCAAAUUUGAUCCAUGUUGAGCGGACACAGAGGAGUGGGCAAACAUACGAAUAUUCUCUUUAAGGGAAACCUUAAACAUGAUGCACACGAUGUAGUCGUUUUCACAUUUUCAGAAUCCUUAAAAAGGGGGUGAGGGGCUAACAUACCCCUCACCCCUCAACAUGUGCUCAUGAACAAUUUGCACAAAAGUGUUGAAAUGAGCACUUGAAAGGACCAGGAAGAAAGAAAGACCCUUUACUACUAUGCUACCAAAGGAGGAGUAGACAACUUGGACAAGAUUACUAGGUCAUACUUACAUACAGGAAGUGAAAAAGGAAGAAAAAAAACAUUUUCAUGUAUAACCAUUGAUUUUUCUUUGUAGGUUUUCCUAGUGGAUAUUAGAAAAACAAAGAAGUAAAUAUUGUUAUCUAUCUAUCAUCAAAUUUUGAUUGAAAUUGUUAGCAAUAAUCAGAUGUAAAAUUGUUUUGGGGAAAACAUUUGAACAUAACGGGAGGGUUAAAAGGUUUCUGCACCUCAUUCUCUCAUUUCUUGAAAUCUGAAGAUCACCAGCGAGAUUCUUGAAAGCGUAACCAUUCCCAGUGUUUGCAUUACAGACGGUGCCUUUCUUACUGCCCGUAGUCACAAAAUGUAAUUUGUUUCCUUGUAUUUAUUGAAAAUCUGAAUCUGCAGGAUGGACAGUUGCACCUAUCCUCACCACAAAUGCCUGCUUUAAAUUCAACAAGCUUUCCUAAUUCUCGGUACUCUCACUCGGUUGUUGAACACACUGCCUCAAGAGGACUGCAACACUGACCCGGAGAAAGACUAAUAUACACAAGCACAGAGCUGCCACAUUACGUUCACACGUGAUAUACGAUAUUUUAGGUCUACAGUUGCUUUUCUUUGCAUGAAAAUGAAUGUUUCCUCUAGCGAGUGAACACAAGAGUAUAGCUUUUAGACAACUCGGUGACUGAAUGUUUUUACCGUCAGAUCUUGCCAUACAGGGCAUACUGUAAUUCCAACUCUGGGAUUUUUACUCAACAGUUGGAGAGGCGCGAAAGAGCCAAUAUUAGUUUAUUUCCAAGUUUAGAAAUGUAUUCAGGGGAUCUACCUUAACGGGUCUAUAUGCUUUAACGUAAAACAGGUUUCACUUUCAUCGCCCACCGAUCCAGUCAGGAUACUUUUAGGCCAGGAUCUCGAUACGUUUUUCACAACUUUGCGCACGAUUGGAAUGAUUGGCCAUCAAACGGAGGGUUGAAGUCGACUAAAUGUUUUGAUGCUUUUCAAGGGAGUUAGUCACACACCUUUGUUUGCGAGUUGUUGAAAGCGAAAGCCGACGUCUUUCCCGUCCGCGCAAAUUCAUGCAAACGCACAUCUUUGCGGUAGUUGUUGCGAUAAACUGGGGGAGUCGUAGGUUUGCUGAAAAGACCCAGUCUGAUCUGACUUGUUAGCCAGGUGGUCAAAAACAGCAAAGGGAAAAGGCGUCAAGCCUCUACUUGGGGAAAACUGCUGGCUCUGAUGUUGGUACCAGAGUUUGAAAAAAAAAACAAGGUGUCAGACGUGUAAUUUAUGGACUGGUAGCCACCGCUAUUACGCCUUUGGUCAAAAAUACUGAACAAAACUAAAGUUCCAGGAAUCGCUGCAAUAAGACUAUACGCUUGUUCAUCCUGUCAUUUUCAUGUACACUUAUAGGGCAGGCCAAAAGUCUGGAAGUACAAAACAACAUAUUGAUAUACUUUGCGAUAAGAUAGCAUAAAGAGACUUUUUAAUUAGAAUGUGCUUUGCUAUAUUUAUCAGGUGUUUGGAUCGAGCUGUGGUUUUCUCGAAAAUAAUUUUGGAAGAAAAGCAUUAAACAGAGUUGUUUCCAAACUUUUGGCGUGUCUGUAUACUCAGAUAAGUACAUAGAGGACCAAUAGCAUCAAUUUAAGAUGGAAUCCUUAAAAGAAUUAAGAUUCCAAACAUGUAGCUACCGUAACACUGUCAUCAGUCCUGGGAACAACUGGCCUCGGUCCAUAAAGUGACGAAGCCUUUAUGGACUUCGUCCAUAUGUUUUGAAAUCGAACAGAAUAAUUCUCACCACAAACGAAUAUUUCUUGCAAUUCAACUUCACCUUUAUAGUCUUCCAUUAUAGCUUACUUUUAAUCACGAUCGAUGCUCGAUUCCGUGUAUUCAAGUGUUGGCUUUUAUACGUAGAUACCAUUUUCCGUGAGCAGUAGUUUAACGACGUCAUCUUGUUUAUUUUGGGUUUUUUUUGGUUUCUAUUUGAAAGAAGGCGGAACGAUCCACUCACGUUGUGUCGCCGUGACUUAUUUUAAGGUCGUCUCAGUGGACGGAGCCUUCUAAGACACGUAGCUCAAUCACGAAUAUCAUCAGCUCGAAAACGCAAUGUCUCCUUGCUUUUUCGGCGAGACGAGAAGGAGUUUUCAACACUUUGUGCAAAUAUUGUCAUCGAGUACAACAAACCUGUCGUCGCUCUGGUUUUUGUAGCGAUCCAGAUGAAUGUAAUCUGUACUAAAUAUGCCGUACAGAUCCAUCCAUCGUCACGCCCUUUGGUUUCUUCCGAACGGGCCACCGCUUGUGUUUUUACCUUUGUAGUGCUUAGUGUUGUUGUAGUUGUUGCAUCUUUUGAGAACUUGCUUAAUAAACUUACUUCAUACCAAAA